AUGACCAAACUUCGAAAGCUAAGCUGCUUCCAGGAUGUCCUGAACACCCUUGAGGGCAUUCGAGACUCUGAAUACGAUGCUAAGAUCUAUCGGACUCACUGCCACGAAUUUGGUAGCUAUGCACGGAAAUUCGAAAGCAUUCUUGAAACAGCAGUUGUGGUCUGCCCUGAUGCUGUCAAUGCAUUCUCCAAGAGCGACGAAAUGAGAGCGCUUUCUUUCACCCUUCGUGAUGGUCUUCUGCUGAUGAGAAAGUGCGCUAAGUCUAACGUGUUGUUCAAGUUAAUGAAUCGAGGAGAGCUGAAACACGAGAUGGAAGCUCUUAUAGCAUUGCUUCGUCAAGACUGCAAUACGGCUGAAAAUAAGUUGAGAUCACUCGCGGCGGUGGAAAGCGCCAAACAAGCAACGUGA